AACACAAGUCACUCCUCUCCUCUGACACUCCAGACUGAAGCUUUCAUUUGCCGAUCUACACUUUUCUCGAUCUCAUCAUGGAGCCUCAUCCAAAUAGAAAAGAAUAUUUUAUAAAAUAUAAACAUUUAAAUAUCGAUGAUUUAAAAAAGGAGGCUGCUGACUUGCAGAAUGAUUACCUUAAAAACACAAAAACCUCUGAAUAUCCCAAACCAGAAUUUUAUGUGUCUCAUCUAAAACACGACACAGGCCCAAAAGCUUUACGUGAGAUAAAGGAUGAAGGCCUCAAGGAUCCAUCCAAUAAUGACAGUCUGUCCCUGGUGUGGUGGAGUCUGGCUGUGCGACCAGAAGAGAUCCAAUCAGCUGAGAGGAGGCUCCUGGAGGAGACCUUCCCAAACCGGACCAAGGAGCAGGCCCAGAGGCAGCAAAGCUUCCUGUUGAAGUUUGCCUCCUCUCCAGCCUUCAGUGAGAAGUCCAGAUAUGGAUCGUACCGCUUCACCUUCACAGUGAAUGAGGUGCUGGAGGCCUACAGACAGCAGAUUUGCAACGACAUGCAGCCCGUCAUGCGGGUCUUCAAGACCUCCUUGUACAAAAAGGAAGUGAUGUAUGUGGUGCUGGUCCACAGCCCAAAUGAUAACAACAAUAAGAUCUAUAACUUCGAACAGUAUCCCAUCCUGCCUGAUGAGCCGAACCCCAUCUGUGCUUACAAAGAUGGAUGCUUCAUCUGGAGACCACAGGCCAUGUGUGGGGAAAAAAGGUAUAUGUAUAAAAAAGACGAGGUCAACAACCUGGCAGAGGUUGAAGGGCCGUUUGGACCACCUUACUGUGUCUGGGAUCACGUCGUCCUUGCCCUGCAUGUAAAGAGCGGACAGAAACUGAAGUUUAACUCUGAUGAUCUGAGAAAGAACCUCUCAUUCUGUGAGCGUGAUGCUGUGAUAGUCAAAUCUGAAGAUUGCUUUAUUAAUUACGAGGAAGCUCAAGAGCUGGUUACUUCUCUGUGGCCACUGAAGAAGGAGGGGGAGGAGAAGGAUUCACCCAUGCAGAGUAUGGCAGGUCUCACUCUCUUGGAAAGAAAAAGACCACAAGACGAUUAAAUGGAGUCUUAAGACUCCCUGCAGCAAGACAGCAUCCUUAGUUUGAACUCUCUGGUUUCUGCCAACUUUUCUUGUUCCUUAUUUUUACGAGACCAAAUAUAAAACUUCAUGUUGGUGUGGUGAAAGCAUUGAAAGCAUGUGAAUUUCAUGUUUUAUAUUGUAAUCUUUAGUCAUGCUGAGGCUGUCUGUGGGGCAAUCUUACUUUUAUUCUCCUAUUUCUGAGUGAGUGGAGCAUCAACCUGCUGCCAGCAAAACCGCGGUGGAGGUUAUAUAGACGGAUCGUUCAGCAGGAAGGAACUCAAACUGUUUCACGUGAUUUUAAUAGUUGAUUUAAGGUUCAUUUAAUGAACUUCGUGUGGUCACUAAAUGCACAGUAAAAGACAAAUGAUGACACAAACAUGAUAAUAUGAGAAACGUGUGAUCAUGUGUUUUACUGCAGUCUGUCCUGUCUGGGUGUGAUGUGUUCAAGUACCUGAAUUAAAAAGAAAUUACUUUGUACACAUAAAAACUGGACAAUAAAGUUGAUUUGAAACAGU